AUGCAGCCUCUUAUAUCUAUGGUGCUGGCUAGCUUUGUGCGACUCGGGGCAGCUUUCACAACGCCAGGCCAUGUCAGAGAUUCACCUUGCGGUGUUGAGCAACCCUCGGCGGCUUUGUUAGCGGCUCAUCGUGAGAUAGCGGCUACGGAGAAGAAUCAUUUGCUCCGACGAAACGAAACAACCGAUACGCCUCCAGCGAUUGCUGUUGAUGUCUACGCACACAUCAUCUCAACUUCAGAAACAGCCAAGGAUCACCACGAUAACAAUACUAUACAUGAGCAAAUAGCCCUUCUUAAUACCUAUUUUAACCCGGGUAAUAUCUCAUUCGUCCUUAAAAAUGCAAAUUGGACUGUGAAUCCAUAUUUUUCCGAGGGCAAUAACACGAUGCGUAUGAAGAUACUACACCACAAGGGCGAUAACCGACAUUUGAAUAUUUACUACGGGAAAAAUCCAUUGGGAGCUACAAAUAGCAGAGCCGUCUCUACCACCCCAGAUGACCUGGUGGGACAGCCGCUGGGGCUUGAAAUGGAUGGCAUCAUGAUUCCGGCCUACUGGCUUUAUGGUGACCGAAAACAAACCGUCGUUCACGAGGUCGGUCAUUGGUUCGGACUGCUUCACACAUUCAACGACGACUGCAACGGCAACGGCGACGAGAUUGACGACACUCCCGCACAUGCAGACGCAUCGGAGGGGUGCUCUGCGAUGCCACCACUCGACACUUGUCCUGGAAAGCCUGGCAACGAUCCCGUUCAUAACCCAAUGAACUAUAUACCCGAGUGA